UGAUGUCUGGAAAUGCCACUGCACGCAGGAAGUGCUCCAGAAGAAAGAAACGAAAACAUAUAUCGGAUUAAAGUCAACAUGCGAUAAUGCUGCGGCUGCUUUCGGUCUUUUAUUAGGUGAGCAGGUGAGGUAAAGAGAUGGCACAAGCCUGGGGUAAACUGCUGAAAGUGGAUUCAUCUCCUGCUUCUGAAGUCUUGCUUAUAAACCGAGAAUGCACAGUGGGCAGAAGAAAAGGAUGUGACCUCUCAUUCCCGGCUAAUAAACUGGUCUCAGGGGAUCACUGCAAAAUCACUCAAGAUCGGAACUCGGGAAAAGUGUGGCUGGAGGACAUGAGCACCAAUGGAACGGUGAUAAACAUGUCCAAACUGGUGAAGAAACAGACGCAUUUACUGCAGAACGGUGAUGUCAUUUACUUUGUGUACAGGAAGAACGAGCCGGAACAGAAUAUCGCUUAUGUUUAUCAGGCCAUCGGGCCACAGGAAAGUGCCUCGGAGGACAUUGAAGAUGCUGUAGGAGAAGAGGAAUCAGAUUUGACCGAAACAGAGAGUGAACCAGCGCCUGUAGAGCCUGUUAUCGUGAAGCCUUUACCUCAGUGUGGGCAUGAGGAACCCCAGCCGUCUACCUCCGCCUCCUCUUUACACUUCUUCGACAUGCCAUUAUCUACCCGCUCUGGUUAUGAAAACGAAAAGCAAAUCGAGUCGUCAGGCUUUUCCCACAAUGCCGCGGGAGUCGGCCCCGCAGAGCCAAUCAUGAAUCAGUCCUGUCCGAAGAGAACCUACUGGGCUGAUGGAGGGCAACAGAUGGUGCUGGAGAUGGAAACCAAGAGGAAAAUAAGAAAAACCGAGAGAGAUGAUCACAUAGCGUUUGGAUCGUCUCGCAGCGACUCUGUUUCUCCGGCAGCUCCUCAGUUCAGUUCUAAAGGAGCAGCCGGGGGAGACAAAACGGAUAAGAUGGAGGAAUCCCUCACUUGCAUCAUCUGCCAGGACCUGCUGCAUGACUGUGUCAGUCUUCAGCCCUGCAUGCAUACGUUCUGCGCCGCCUGUUAUUCGGGUUGGAUGGAGCGAUCGUCCCUCUGCCCCACCUGUCGCUGUCCUGUGGAGAGGAUCCGUAAGAACCACAUGCUCAACAACCUGGUGGAGGCCUACCUGCUCCAACAUCCUGAAAAAUGUCGCAGUGAAGACGACUUGCGCAGCAUGGAUGCUCGGAACAAGAUCACGCAGGACAUGCUGCAGCCGAAGAUCGAGCGCUCUUUCUCGGACGAAGAGGGAAGUUCAGACUAUCUGUUCGACCUCUCGGACAACGACAGCGAUACUUCUGAUAUGAGUCAGCCCUACACGACAUGUCGGCAGUGUUCGGGCUAUCGGAAGGAGCUGAGUUCUGUGCUGUGGAUCUGUGAGCCUUCUGAGGAGCCGGCUAAACUGCCCGGAGACGGCCCCUCCACGUCCUCUGAUGCUACUACAGCUCCUCAGGAGUUCAGAUGUCCUCCUCAGGGCAGUCACCUCAUCUGCACCUGCUGCUUGCAGCCCAUGCCUGACAGGCGCUCGGAAUAUCUGCCGCCGCAGAUAUCACCCCAGCACUGUAUGGUGUGUCAGAAACCCUUCUGUCACGUGUACUGGGGCUGUCAGCGGAUUGGUUGUCAAGGUUGCCUGGCACGUUGUAGCGAACUCAACCUCACUGAUAAAUGUCUGGAUGGAGUUUUAAAUAGCAAUCAUUUCGAGUCCGAGGUACUUAAGAAUUAUUUGAGCUCAAGAGGAAUGACCUGGAAACACAUGCUACAAGAAGCCCUUCAGGCUAUCCAGCAAGGCUCAUAUCAUCUGUCCGAUUAUAGAAUUACCGCCAACUCCUUACUGUGCUACUGCUGUGGACUUCGUACCUUUAGAGAGAUCGCGUACAAAUAUAGAGAGCGUAUUCCCCCGUCAGAGCUUCCAGAUCCGGUGACCACCAGACCAGACUGCUAUUGGGGACGCAACUGUCGGACACAAGUGAAAGCACAUCAUGCCAUGAAAUUCAACCACAUUUGUGAGCAGACCCGUUUUAAGAACUAAAGCGCGUGAGAUCAUUGAUGUCGUAGGAGCUUGUGGCAAGGUUAAACGGCUCAGUAACUUCAACAAAAGCUUGUUCUUGAAGUAUUGAUGUUUCUGGGUAACAAAUCUGCAGUUGCCAGAUGUAAUACCUCUUUUCUCCUCUAGAUGGCAGUUCCUAGUCUAGCCAUUUACAUAUGCAAAUGUCAAUCAAGUGAAUAAUGUGUCAGUCAUCUUUGAGCUUGGUUUGGGUAUGAUGUCAGCAUGGGGAAAAACGUCUAUCUGGAUCUGCACUUUGUAUUUCAUUCCACAGUGCUAUUCACGAUUCUCUGGGUUUGGUUGUAGACAUGAGACAGAACUGGCAAUCACAGUAGCUUAUGCGCUGUAAAAAUGUACCUUUUCAUAUAGAAAGCUGUUUAACUUGAAUAUUAUCGACUAAAGGGAAAGUUUAUGGUCAAAGAAAAAUUCGUCACCUACUUAUCCUGUUGAUAUUCUGGAAACAUACUGUUUGUGGAACACAAAGAGAGCUUUUGACAUAUGAUUUAUAGUGAUCAGCAACUGGCAAGCUCUGGAAAAAAAGCUAUUGUAUGGAUUUAAGAAGGCUUUAAAUAGUGCACAUGUUGUAUUGAUGACUUUUUACUCUUUUGUGCCCUUUUCUGAAAGUCACUAUGGACUGUAGAACAACACCAUCCACAUUUGUAAUGACAGGAAAGUAAUGACAAAAUUUUCACUUUGUGUAAACGUUCCUUAAAAAAACAUAGUUCACCUUUAAAAUGAAAAUUCUGUCAUUUACACGUCCUCUUGUCAUUUCAUACCUUUCUUCUGCAGAACACAAAAGAAGAUAUUUGGAAAAAUGUUGAUGCAUACAAUAGAUGUCAAUGGGGACCAACGGCUUUUGGUUACCAACAUUUUCCAAAAUAUCAUAUUUUGUGUUUUGCAGAAAAAAGAAAAUCACGCGUGUUUAAAAUGACCACAGGAUGACUAAAUGACGACAGAAUUUUCGUUUUGAAGAUGAACUAUUCCUUUAAGAAAUUAUUUAAUCAACUAACCUUUGGUGCCUAAGGGUCUUAAAGCAUGUUUUUUUUUUUUUUGCAUAUGUCUCGGAGCAUAUCGUUGUAAAAAUCUCUGUCUCCAUCUUUUCUGGUGUCUCAAUGUAACUAUUGGAGUUAUAAACUGGGUAAUACUUUUUUCAAUGAAAUUAGGUUAUAAAAAGGGAUAAUCAAGCUAAAGAGAAGAUAAUAGUGCACUAAACUAUCACAUGCAAUUAGGUAUUCAGCAUCAAUGGAUGUUUGUAGAAUUUGUAGUACUAAGGGGAAUAUGACAUGUGAGGGCUGUUCUUAAGGUAUACGACAAAAUAAUUCAGAGAGAUGAUUGUAUUAUAGUUGAGAGCCAGUGGUCUAUCGCAGACUUCAUGUUGCACUGCAGGGGAUAAUCAAAUCUGAUUUAUUAUAAACUCUUACAUGCAUUCUCACAUCUUGUUAUGCUUAAAGCAUUUCUGCUUUUGGGAAAAUGCACAGCAAUCCCCCAUUUAAGAUUUAACAUUACACACAACGUAGGGUUGAUAUAUGCAAACAAGGCCAGUUUCAGCUAGUCAACAAUCUUUACCCAGUAUUUUUAUAUUACUAAUAUCUUUUUGUUUGUUUGGUGGGGUUGGAUAGAUGUGUGGCCACAAAAGAGUGGUAUUUGAAGACUUUUUAGUAACCUUUGACUGUAUUUCUGACCUAUUAAAAUAGUUCGGUUUUUGUUCCAAUAUCCCUCGAAUAGUUGUGUUUUAGGUACACAUUUAAGCUCUUGUGGUUAUUCAGUCGGGUAAACCACAUUGGUUAUAGCUGUAGUGUUAUCAGUUGUCAUUUAAACUGUAUUUUUAAUUGAUGUGAAUAUUGUGUACUGAUAAAGCCAACGUGAACAAUUAAACAAUUACCACAAUCAGUA